CAGGGAAGAAAUCAUCAACGCUGGAAAAGAACCCAGUAACUGAGCGUAAUGGAGUCCGUGGCUGUCACCGAGGUCUAUUUCAAUGCACUGAUCUACUGGGGCAUAGGGACCACGUAUAUGUGUCUGUUUGCCCUUUUCAUUGGGAUGGUUCGCCAAUACAUCCUACGUCCUGGAGUGCUGUUCUUUAUAAGGUCACCAGAUGAUCCGAAUACGAGGCUGUUACACGAAGCGCUUGUCAGGCCCUUCAGGUUCCAAAUAAGCCGUAUAGCUCUGAGCAUACUGGUCUACAUGCUUUUCAUCCUGAUUGGGGUUGGUGCGUUGACUCGUGGGCUGGGCUUGCUUAACGUGAAGGUGUUGCCUGUGGAUGUCACUGUACUGUCAUCGUUCCUCACGCCGCUUGAGAUCUUCAUCAUAUCGAAGGAUGAUGCAGUCAUCAAGAAGUAUGUCAGACAGUAUUGGUUUAGGGCGUUUGGUGCUGCCAGUGCGCAGAUGAGACUCUCGAGCUUCAUACUGGGCAAAGCUGAUCCUAAGGAAAGGGGUCAUAUAAGGUAUAGAAACCUCAUUUCUUGGUUUAUCAAUGCUCCCGCAGACUACACGUCUCCAAAGACCGACUCUGAGGCAACAGAGGCAUUCAGAACCACCCCUGUUCAAGCGGUGUUCGUUCCAGAUGGGUAUUUCGUCAGGGCUCCACGUCACGAUACCGUCUCAAGGAAGUACGUGCGUCAGCUCUUCGUGCCAGUGACUAAGGAUGAUGUUCCUUUGAAGAGAAACGUGCCCAAGGAGGAGCCAAAGUUUGACGAUUUCGACGAAUCAGAGGAUGAGGUUACAACGACAAACCAAUAUACAGUUGUUUACAGACCACCGAUGUUUGGCGUACGUGUUAUCGUUUUCAUCCUCAUGUUGUGGGUCUUCUCACUAAUAUUGAUCUGUGGUGUGAUUAUAGCAGCCAAUGUCAUCGGCAGACCGCUCUUUGCCGUGGUCAGUUUAGUCCUUGGAUCAAACACCACGUCCCUAAGGGACAUGAAACUGGAUCUUGAGUCGAUUGGGAUAGGCCUCGUGAUAAUGGCAAACCUGCUGAGAGUAUACGAUAACCACAUCAUCCAUAGAUACACACAGGCUGAACAAGGACAGGUGGGAAUCCUACAACUCGUUGGAGCUAACCGUGCAGUGCUCUGGAGUAACUUGAAAAACAUUGUAUCGAUUGUGAUGGUUUUCUUUCUCUGGACUGGCUAUUUCACCUUUAUCAAUGCAUUUGCGUUUGACAUACCCCGUACCUCAUUACCUGAUUCCACAGGCUCGACAUCAUACCUGGCUUUUUCGCUGAUCAUCGUCAACUAUGUCCUUGAGCUGUCUGUCUUCAAGAUCCCACUCAUGGAGAUGAAGAGAAUGGUCACUGCAAACUUUGACGAGGCCGUUGCUGACAUCUACACAAGGCUAUGGAAGCCAGUGCUGAAGAAGUACCUCUGCGUUGUGCUGCCAACGGUGGCUGUUCUCCUUGUAGUCCAGGUCAUGGACCUGGAUCUACAAGACAAGUCAGGAUCAUCCACCUUCAUACUCAAUCUCCUCUACUACAAGGGGAAUACCAGAGUCAAGCACCUCUUAUGGGCUCAACUGGGAGGAGCUACUGUGGUGGCAGUAAACCACCUCUUCACCAUCGCAUCGGCUCUCAAGAACUACUUGAAGCAGCUCAACGACGAGGUCAAGGAGCAGUACUACUCCAAGGGCAAAACACUCGAGAACGUGUCGCUCUCUGAAGAAUGA